GCGGACAGGAUGGGUCCUGGGAUGGUCACAACAGAGGCGGGUGGCUGAAUCACAAUCUCCGCUGGGGGGAUCUGGUUGAUGCAGGAAGGGAAGACUCCAGCCAGGGUGCCCAGGUUGCCAGAAGUUUCAGCCCGUCCACCAGCACCGUAGCCAUAGCCAAGACUUCCAUAGCCCUAGCCGAGACCUCCGUAGCCGAGACCUCCGUAGCCGCCACUGCAGAGACUCCCUCAGAGACCUGCUGAUCCAAAGCCAACGACGGGGGUGGAAGUGCAGGAUGGGACGGUGCAGGAUGGUCCACAGAAAGUCAUGUCUGGCUGAUUCAUCCCUCAGGCAUCAUGGGGGUGUCUUGUAACUACUACCGUUUGGGGCCAAAAUUGUAUAAAAGUGCUCUGAGAGAGAUCUCUACAGCUUCCCCUGACAAACUCUCCCUCUCGACUUCUUCUCAGAGGAGCAGCAGGAAAGGAAAAAGAAAAGCAGUGAUGUCCCAUUUCUCCUUCCUUCCUCUGAGGCCGUCCAUGGCAGGAGGGGAGGCUGGGUGGUUGUCACGCCACCCCUCCGAAUCUGCCACCCGAAGAGGCCUGAUUCCACAUGCCUCAUAGGAGGGCCGGCUCUUUAACAGAAUCACCUCCAUCUUUCCAGCCAUGGUUUCUAACUGCGGACCAUCCUGCACCAUCCCAUCCUGUGCUUCUGCCCCAGUGGUCGGUUUCGGCUCUGCAGGGAAUGGCUUAGGCUAUGGCCUUGGUGGUCUUGGCUAUGGCUAUGGCCUUGGUGGUCUUGGCUAUGGCCUUGGCUACGGAGGUCUGGGCUCUGGGUAUGGAGCCGUCGAAAAUUCUGGCAACCUGGGCACCCUGGCCGGAGUCAUCCCUUCUUGCAUCAACCAGACCCCCCCAGCAGAGGUCGUGAUCCAGCCUCCCGCCUGCGUGGUGACCAUCCCAGGACCCAUCCUGUCUGCUAGCUGCGAGCCCGUCGCCGUGGGAGGCAACACACCCUGUGCCAUUGGGGGUUCCGGGAUUGUAGGAUCCGGUCUCCUUGGCAGCCUGGGUUCUGGCUUCGGUUACGGAGCCCUUGGAAGGGGGGGUGGAUAUUUCGGAAGGAAGUCUCUCCUGGGGCGCCGUGGGAGCGUCUGUGGGAACAUCUGCAUAUAAACCUCUUAAUGCUGAAAAGAAGAUCCCCAUGAAAGCAGAAAUGACCAGGAACGGACAGCCACCAUCGAGUUUUGUGACGGAGCAUCUAGACCCGGAGUGAGAAGAGCCAUGAGGUUCCGGGACCAUCCUCCCAGCCUCCGGCUCCUGUAUUAACGUCCGCUACCCCUUUCUUGCCCCCCAUUUACACUUUGUUUCCUGAAUGUCUCCUUUCCAAGA